GAAACAAGCGGUCAGAUCUCCAGCACCUCCGUAAUGGAAUAUAGAAGGAUGAGCAUGAGAGAUCUUCAGAACGUUCUCACUCAGGUCCUGCUGCUGGUUCUCCUCCUGGGAUCUUCAGCACAAUCCAGGGAACAUCAAGUGCUGCAUGACGUGCGGAUGGGAACGUGUGAGGUGGUGGCGUUACACCGAUGCUGCAAUAAGAACAAGAUCGAGGAGCGUUCGCUGACCGUCAAGUGCUCGUGUUUCCCGGGACAAGUGGCAGGAACCACCAGAGCGGCUCCGUCCUGCGUAGACGCCUCUAUAGUCCAGCAGAAGUGGUGGUGUCAGAUGGAUCCGUGUCUGGAUGGAGAGGACUGUAAAGUGCUGCCGGAUCUCAAAGGCUGGAGCUGUGCUACGGGGAAUAAGAUCAAGACCACCAAGAUCUCCUCAGACCGGGAUCAGCUCUGGUGACCGCUGGAAACCUGAUCCAGGCACACACAGAGAUGCUGUGUCCCUCACGAGUCUUUCAGAGCAGAGACUCUCUCAGAGAAAUCCCAGGAUCUACAGGCACAGCGCUGGUUUGAGACGAUCAUUAGACCUCUCGUUAUUAACCACGAUUGAGCUGAUGGAUCCAGCAAAACAUGCGCUUCAUCAGGUGUCCAGAGGGAUGAUGGGAAAAACAGAUGAACAUUCUAAUAAGAAUGCUCAUGUAUCGUUAUAUUGAAUGAAGUCAUAUCAAAGAAGACUUUUUCUGCAGAUGCUUGAUCUGUGUAAAUGAUGCAUACGCUCAUAAUAAACCAUGAUUGUCUUA